UCGUUAACAAAUGGGUAGCAACAGGUAGCUCGCGCUCCGUUCCCAGCAUAGUGUUUAUAGGCAGCUACACUAGUGUUUUGAGCUACACAGAGGCGUUAUAUCGGGUUAAUAACAUCUCGGACGCGUAGGUGAAAAGGUUAACGUAUUACACGGUAUAGGAAUGUAUAACUUUAAUGCAUUUGGGGGUUGUAUUAGAUAGGUUUUAACCUAGUUUGGUAACUUAACCAAGCUAACGUUAGCAGCAAUCCAAAGACAGUAACGUACACUGUAUCAUUUCAUGCUAAAUGCUAAGUUUUUUGUUUUGUAGCUAACGUGAAAUUACAAAAAAUUGUAUAAAACACGUGUAUGAGACAUUCGGGAUAAUGUCAGUGAAAGCCUUGUGUAAACUUUAAUACAACUUAUAUCCAUUGAUAGCUACACAGAGCUGUUCUAAAGCUUUUCUAUUCUUUGUUUAUCUUUUGAUCAGUAGUAGAUAUACUACUAGUAUUAGUCAUCAGAGUAUGAUAUAUUAUAUAUGUAUGAUAGAUGACAUAAUGCCAUGACAGUGCACCCCGUUUGUAGGAAUUAACCACUUUGAACACGUGAAUAGUGAGUGUAUUACCUAUUCACCAUGGCAAGUGCCUUAGCAGCGAAAAUGGGAUUUAACUCAUUGCUGAGAAAUAAAGCCAGGAACUUCAACGUCAGGAUCUGCACGAUGGAGUCAGACAUGGAGUUCAGCUGCGAGGUAAAGUGGAAAGGAAAAGACCUUUUUGACUUGGUGUGCCGAACUCUGGGACUAAGGGAGACGUGGUUCUUUGGGCUCCGGUACAACAUCAAGGACACAGUUGCUUGGCUGAAGAUGGAAAAGAGGGUUCUGGAUCAGGAGGUGCCAAAGGAGGAACCAAUCACUCUUUACUUCCUGGCCAAGUUUUACCCUGAAAAUGCUGAAGAGGAGCUAGUGCAGGAUAUCACCCAGCAUCUCUUCUUCCUACAGGUGAAGAAGAAGAUCCUUGAGGAGGAGAUUCACUGUCCACCUGAGGCCUCCGUGCUGCUAGCCUCCUACGCCGUCCAUGCCAAGUACGGAGACUACGACCCCGGUGUUCACAAACCGGGUUUCUUGGCUGAUGAGGAACUGCUUCCAAAGAGGGUGAUUAACUUGUACCAGAUGACUGCAGAAAUGUGGGAGGAGAGGAUCACAGCGUGUUAUGCAGAGCACAGGGGCAGGACGAGGGAUGAAGCUGAGAUGGAGUAUUUAAAAAUAGCUCAGGACCUGGACAUGUAUGGCGUCAAUUACUUUCUAAUCAGGAAUAAAAAGGGAACAGAUCUUCUGCUGGGAGUGGACGCUCUGGGUCUGCACAUCUACGAGCCGGACAACAGGCUGACACCCAAGUGCUCUUUCCCGUGGAAUGAGAUCCGCAACAUCUCCUACAGCGACAAAGAGUUUACCAUCAAACCUCUGGACAAGAAAACCAACGUUUUCAAGUUCAACUCUUCACGGCAGAGAGUCAACAAGUUGAUCCUUCAGCUGUGUAUAGGAAACCAUGACCUGUUUAUGCGUCGGCGGCGGGUCGACUCGAUCGAAGUACAGCAAAUGAAGUCUCAGGCCCGAGAGGAGCGGGCCAGGAAACAGGUAGAGAGGCAGCGUCUGCAGAGGGAGAAGCAGCUGCGCGAGGAGGCCGAGAGAGCCAGGGACGAGCUGGAGAGGAGACUGAUUCAGCUGCAGGAUGAGGCUCACAUGGCCAACGACGCAUUGCUGCGUUCGGAGCAGACGGCAGACCUGCUGGCUGAAAAGGCCCAGAUCGCGGAGGAGGAGGCUAAGCUGCUGGCCCAGAAAGCUGCCGAGGCCGAGACAGAGAUGCAACGCAUCAAAGUGACUGCCAUCCGUGGCCAGGAGGAGCGGCGGCUCAUGGAGCAGAAGAUGCUGGAGGCAGAGAUGCUGGCCCUCAAGAUGGCCGAGGAAUCGGAAAGGAGGGCCAAGGAGGCUGAUCAGCUGAAGCAGGACCUGCAGGAAGCCAGGGAGUCGGAGCGCAGGGCCAAGCACAAGCUGCUGGAGGUUACCAGCAGGGCUGUCUAUGCGUCCCCUGGACUGCCAUCUGACAGCAUGCCUCGCGACCUGAGCUUCAGCAGGGAGACUCUCAGCUUUGACUUCAAAGACACCGACAUGAAACGCCUCUCCAUGGAGAUCGAGAAGGAGAAGGUGGAGUACAUGGAGAAGAGCAAGCACCUGCAGGAGCAGCUGAACGAGCUGAAGACAGAGAUUGAAAGUCUGAAGAUGAAAGAGAGAGAGACUCCGCUGGACAUCAUUCACAACCAGAACACCGAGCAGGGGACGAGCAAGAGCAGCAACUUUAAAAAGCUAACACUUCAGAGCACCAAGACCAGGGUGGCCUUCUUUGAGGAACUUUAAACUACAUAUGUGUAAAAGGUGGGGAUGCACAACUGCCAAGAAUCUCACAAUUCGAUAUUCCUGGUCGGUUUAAAAUUGACACUACAAGAUUUUAUACUCUGCUUCCUGGGAAACCACUACGAAAAACACACAAAAGAUGACCACUGCCUUCAUCUGCACCAACUCCUGCACUAAAACUGGGAUUCAUACAAAAAACGAGUGUGUGUUUACAGCAAGAGUGUGUGAAAUGCAGCACAUUCUAAGUGAAGAUUUUGACGUGAACUUGGGUUUGGGUUUUAUAAGUGUUAAAGGACAAAUGUAGAUGAGGCAAAAAGGAAUUUUUAAAAACUGUCUCAGACGUGUCUGGAUCCGCUGUGGCUCUAAUGAGACUGUAUUUGUGGUUAUUAUAUCAUGUCUAAAUGGGGUGACCUAUAUUAUGUGACUGCCCAACUGUUUUGUAAUUCAAAUGGAAAAUAAACCACUGAGGGAUAAAGUUGAACAAGAAGAUGAAUUGAUUAAAUGGCUGAUAUGUCGCGCUUACACUGACUAAAAUAUUUAGCGAUCAGCCUAGACUGCCAAUUCAUAACGCUGACAAAGUCUUCAUUCUUUACUUAAUAACGUAACGCUGCCUUAGUUUUCUUGUUUCAGUAAGUGAAAAAUGUAAUGUUCGAGCUGCAAAAAUGAGGCAUUUAUUUGCCACAAUACAUUUAAACAGCCAUUUAUUGCAAAUAGUGGGAGUUGAUGGGCUGUGGUGGAUAUUAAGCUUCUCUCAACACUAAAAUCCAUUUCUGUGAUUUAUAACAAGUCAUUUGUCUUGGUUUUGUUAUGUGAGCAGUGUUCUUUUUUUAUAUAAAUAUAUAAAAAUCUCAGAAUUCUGUCCAGGUUUGUGCCUCUAUGCAACUUUUUUGAUGAAUGUAGAGAAAAUGUUGUAAAACUACACCAGGCCUUUGGACCGUUUACAUCUUGUAGAGAAGUCGUGUUACAUAUAUCUAGUAAGUCUGACACUUAAUUAAAGUGUCCGUACACGAGGCAGUGAGUGCACUAUGCUCUCCAGAAGUGAAGAGACGAUCAUUUUAACUGGAUUGUAUUAGAAUUUAAACUGGAUGAAGGAGCUGUGAUUCUGAGAUGUGAGUUUGUGUCACAUCUAUUAUCUUUCUCAGUUUUUUUUUCUGUGUGUGUGAAGACAACCACUUUCUCGAAACAUGAAUUUGCAUCUAUUUUGAAUUAAUGUGUCUUUUUGAAUUAAUGUGCCCUUUCCCUCUGAAAGCAAUUUAUUUUUGGGGUAUUAUUAUAAUGUGAAGAAAAUAUACUUAUUUUUCUUCUUGUCUGCAUUUAACGAGUAUAGUAAAAGCAGUAUUUAAAAAAAAAAAAGAAGAAGAAACUUUGGGGUGAAGUUACAGUACAUUUUAUUACUAGAAAUACAUUUUCACAUAAGAACAUUGUACCAGGUAUGUAUGUAUGUGUUGCUUGUAAAAUAAAUGAAUAUCAGGUUUGAUAUUUUUUCAUUUUUGUAUCCAGAAAUAACUUU